CAUUACAUACCCUGUUUUGCCGACAAAACUGGUGUCCUCCGAGCCCUGAUCCGCGAACAGGGGGCCAGGAAUCUCAAGGCUUGCCUGGUCUGGACACCGGAGGCUACCGAGGUCUUUGUGUCACUGGUGCAGGAGCUGGCCUCUGCUGCGACCUUGGCCACUCCUGACUACACUCUGCCCUUCCAUCUAGAUGUCUCUAUUUCAGGGAAAGUUGUGAAUGGAGCUCUGUACCAGAAAAUGCAGCAUGGACGUGCAGUGUUGAUGUAUUGCAGCGUCCCCUUGGACAACAUUGAGCAACGACAACCCGAUUGUUCCAGGUAUGCGGCUGGCCUGGCGAAGGUCUUACUCAAAACAGCCCACACGGUCAUGGGGCAUCCAGUCUAUGUGUUAACUGAUCAUGCGGUCUCCUCGUUUGUCGCAUCGGCGGCAUUCACGUUGACUCCGCUGCGACAAACACGAUUGUUGAAAAUAUUGACUGCCCCAAAUGUCAACUAUGUCCAUUCCGGUGUGAACAUGGCCGAUCAAUUGUUGGUGGGACCCCAUGAGUGUGCAUCAAAGGUCCAGACGGUGACGAAAGUCCGACCUGACCUCUAUUCCACUCCGCUCGGGCACGGUCGGGUGGCGUUUACAGAUGGCUGCUGUUGGAGAGACAGGAUGGGCUCCCUCCAUGCGGCCGCGGCGGCGGUCGAGUGGAGGGAUGGCUCCUUCCAGCCUCUUAAAGUGAUGAAGCUCAACACCCACCCAUCAGCCCAGGCGGCGGAAGUCUUUGCUCUGGUGUUAGCUUUGCGACAAUGCAAGGGGGAGGCCGUGACCAUCUAUUCUGACUCCGCUUAUGCGGUGUCGGCGGCUUUGAUCGAUCUGGUAGGGUGGCUACAGAAUGGGUUCACGACGGCCAGAGGCUCGGAGAUUGCGCACAAGGAUUUGAUGUUGCAGUUGUUUGAGGCGUUGAAGUACCCGAGCGAGGUGGCCAUUGUCAAAGUGCCUGGUCACUCCAAAGCUGACACUUUAGUGGCUAGGGGGAAUCGAGCGGCUGAUGAAUUGGCCAAGCAGACGGCCGGGUACGGCGGGGCAGAGGACAUGAUGGUGUCCCGCGGUCCACUAAUUGUGGACGGGGAGCACCCCGACUCCUGUUUGCCUCUGUCACUCUCGCAUGCCGAUCUGUGUGCCGCCCAGGGUGCCACCUCCCCGGAACAAAAAUCGGUUUGGCUGGCAGCAAAGGCUGUCAAACGAUCAGAUGGCUUGUGGGUAGGACCCAAAGGACAGCCAGCUCUUCCGGAGGGAAGGCUGAUGUCGGAGAUCCUGACACAGGCUCACACACCUUCCCAUGUGGGUCCCCAUGCCAUGAUGAUCCAUCUUCGAAGUUGGUGGCAUCCCAAACUCUCGGAUGUGGUCUGGAAAUUCGUUGCAGAUUGUGAGUCUUGCCAGACGUUCAAUGCACGCCCUACGUUGAAACCAAAGCCCGGCCUGUUUCAGCCGGCCCCGUGGCCGGGGGCAGAGGUGAUCAUUGAUUUUACCGACAUGAGUACAAGAGUGAAUGGGAAACGCUUUUUGCUUGUGAUGGUUGACGCUUACUCAGGCUGGCCUGAGGCAUAUCCGUGCUCGAAAGAAGAUUCUACUGCUGUGAUCAAGGCUUUGAUCACCCAUUACAUCCCCACGCAUGGUUUCCCGGCCCUGAUCCGCUCUGACAAUGGUACACACUUUAACAACAAAGCCUUGGCCAAGGUAGAAUCAAUUUUGGGGUUGAAGCAUCGAUUCGGCUGUGUCUACCAUCCUCAGAGUCAGGGCGGAGUUGAACGUAUGAAUCGAACACUGAAGGAGAAAUUAGCCAAAAUUAUGGCUCAAACGACAAUGAAUUGGCUCCAAGCGCUCCCGCUUGCCUUGUUGUCUGUGCGGCAAUCCGUUAACAGGCGCACUGGAUUCGCACCAUUUGAAUUGAUGACGGGUCGUCUAAUGCCGGGACCAGCAACGACGCUCGUCCCACCAGAGGAUGUUACGGUACCAAAUUUGUCUCAUGCAGCAUACUGGUCCUAUUUGUCUGCUUUGGUGUCCAGUGUUUCUGCACAGAUUGGAGAGAAAUCCGCUGCGGCUGCGGCGGAGGAAGGCGUGUCAGCGGAGAAACAGCUCACGCCGUACGUGUACGUCCGAGUCAUCUCUAGAAAGUGGACGGACCCCCGGUGGAAGGGCCCCUUUCGUGUCUUGGCCAGGACGUCUCACGCGGCCCAGCUCGACUUCAAAGGACGCCGGUGGUAUCACUACUCACAACUCCGUCCGGCCCCAGAGUUUGUUCCGUCAGGAUGAAGGUAUUCCUGUUUGGCCGUGUCCCGGACCCGGCCAAAAGGGGGGGAACAGAAGGAACAAUACGGAAAAGGAAAGGUUUUUGGGAAUUUUCAGAAUUAUUUUUAGUAGGAGUGCUAUGUGUGAGUUGUCUUUUUGUGUGGGCAUUGAUGACAAUUGAUGAGACCAUCCAGCAGAAAACGUCCCAAAUUCAAAAUUCACCCACCAACAAACAAUACCGAUGCAGAGGAAAAGUAGUCUAUGAAGCUGAGGUGAACACAACAGAAGAGCUCUCACGAGAGGAACAGGAAGGUUUGAGACAGAGAUGUGACAGCAAAAAUUGGCAAACGUAUGUCACGUUGUCUAAUUGGACAGAGACCAACCAAACCUUACAUGACAAAUUGGAAAAGUACCAGAGAAGGGUGUGGAGGAACCAAAUUCAACAAGUAAAGAGAGUAUUGGAUUUAGCCCCACCCGAUAGAGAAGGGACAUGUAUUUACCAAUGUAAAGAAGAUGGACAGUUUGUUGUUGCUUCGUGUCAUGGGAAAAAAGAAAGCCCAUUUUUGACAACCAUGUGACUCAACAAAAUAUGACAUGUUUAAAGUUAAACGGAACCGGCAUAAGUAUUGGGACAAUAGAUCCCACAUGGUGCAAAGUCAAUUUGUCACUGAAUGUAACCUCUCCUCUCUCUCGUGCAGACAUCUGGUUGUGGUGUGGUGAUGACAAAUUAUAUGAUCGCUUGCCGAAGAACGCAUCAGGUAUCUGUGCCCUCGUGUCUUUGAUAAUGCCUGUGGUGGUUGUCCCCAUUGAAAUACAGAAUCUCAAUUGGGACCUGGAGUUCCCACUGGCGGAGCUCCUGAAGCGAGCCAAAAGAGACGUUUUGCCCCCGUGGUUGAACGACGACGAUCCAACAUAUAUUGACGCUAUAGGAGUGCCCCGGGGUGUACCAGAUGAGUAUAAACUCGCUAAUCAAGUGGCUUCGGGAUUCGAAAGUAUCUUCCUAUGGAUCACCCCCAAUAAAAAUGUAGACCGCAUUAAUUACGUUCAUUACAAUGUCCAACGACUGGGUAAUUAUACAGCUGAAUCAUUCGCCGCAGUUCAUGAACAAUUGGCUGCAACGUCGUUAAUGGCGUUCCAAAAUAGAAUUGCGUUGGACAUGUUAUUGGCUAAGGAACAUGGUGUAUGUGGAAUGUUUGGUGACGCAUGUUGUACUUUUAUCCCAAACAACACGGCACCAGGGGGCCGACUGACCAGGGCGUUGGAAGGACUAAGGACACUGAACAAAAAGAUGAAAGAUCAUUCAGGUGUACACACCGAUAUUUGGUAUGAUUGGAUGAAAGCGUUUGGAAACUGGAAAGGGCUCAUCAUGUCUGUGCUUGUUGCUGUGGCUAUUUUCACUACAAUCAUGAUAUUAUGCGGUUGUUGUUGUAUUCCAUGUAUUAGAUCACUCACUGUCCGGUUGAUCGAGAAAACCGUUGGCCCGUUGCCACCGAUGGGGCAAUAUGUCCUGUUGACUCAACAUGAGCCGCAGGGGGAAGGAAGGAUCGACACCACGCUGGUGGCUGUUUGCUAGGGUAACGGGUGAUGACCUCAUAAAUGAGGUCAUGAGAGGGAAUAAAGGGAAAUGUGCUUUUGGGAGUUUGCAAACAUAUUUUAAGGUUGUGUUAAACUUAUAAUCAUAUUAAUAUCUAGUAUUGGAGUGCUCGUGUGGAUUGGUGGGGCCGAGGAAUGUGCAGGCAAACUGUAUGAACUUGUUUUCUCGGAAGUGUUGUGUAUAGUUCUAGACAGGGAGUACCGGACGAGAUAAUCUCAAGGUCGGUGAGCUACGAGAACAACGAGCAACUAUAUGAAACCAGACUUCGAGGGGAAAACCAAACCGUCUGACCUCAGCGACACCUGGACGGGGAGGAGAUGGCCAUCCACCAAUCAUCUCACAAUAUUUUGCAUGCUUUAAUAUUCAUAUUGUGUUUCUUUAAAACUGGGCAACCCGGAAGAAUGUGUCGUCUUUGGUGGUCACAAAAACGCACGAGUUUUAGUGUGAGGGACCCGGGACCCAGGCCUGUAUUAGUGCGCUUUGUCAGGAAUAAAUAAUUGGUAAAUUUGGUCUAAUUGA